AGUUGUUGGCAAUGUGUCACGUUUGGGUGUAAAUGGAAACAAGUUGUUAAUUAUAACUAUUGGUGAUGCCUUUGAGUGAAGUAAUAAUUAAUUAAUAUAUAAAACUUUGGAUCAAUACUCAACAUGGUAAAAAUGCUGUCUACAGAAGUAUCUAGCCCUAAAACAGAAGAUGGUAUCGCUAAAUUGAUUGGACAAUUUGGACGCUGGCAAUUCAUAGUGUUCUCAACAGUUUCUCUGGUGAAAUUGUCCUCAGGAUGGGUGCAAAUGGCAAUAUUAUUCCUGACACCACAGUUUACAUUUUGGUGCAGCGAAUUCAAAAAUACAACACUCACGGAUCUUACGGGAAAUACUGCAAUUUUAAAUGAAAAUUCAAAUACAUUUAAACAGCUCGAAGGACCGACAGUUGCAAAUUCGACUUGCUAUAAGAAUUGCUCAAAAUAUUCUUACAAUUUAUCACCGUUUGACAACACCAUAAUUUCGGAGUGGGAUCUAGUUUGCGAACGCGCAUGGCUGGCAAGCUUCACACAAAUGGUUUUACAAUUCGGUAUCUUGCUCGGCAGUAUCGUGUUUGGAUUCUUAUCAGAUCGAUACGGCAGGAAAAACACAUUCCUUGUCUCAAUAACCUCACUAAUCUUGUUUGGAUUCGCGAUUCCCUUCGCACCCGACUACAUAACGUUUACAGUCCUUCGAUUCUUCUUGGGAGUAGCAACUUCAGGAACCAUGGUCAUCUCUUUUGUGAUUGUGAUGGAAACGAUUGGUAUACGCUACAGGGAAUUACUGGGGUGCUUGUUCCAGAUACCAUUUAUAAUAGGUCAUAUGACUGUCCCGUUGUUCGCGUUCUAUCUGAGGAGUUGGGAUAGCUACAGUCUAGCCAUGGCUGUGCCACCGUUAAUAUAUUUGAUGUACUUCUUUGUGCUGACGGAAUCACCUAGAUGGCUAUUGAGUGUUGGCAAAACUGAUGAAGCAGCGAAGAUUGUGAAAAAAGCAGCUGAGUUUAAUGGCUUGCCAACAACAAAAAUCGGAGAGACCCUAAAUAAAAUGGCGGAGGAGAUACGCGCAAAAUCAGAUGAAGCGCGCGCGAACUACAGUGAUCUGAUGCACCCCACAUUGCGGGUGAAGACAAUCUGCUGCUGCAUCAUGUGGAUGGUGGUGGGACUCACCUUCUACGGCGUGAACCAGUUCAUCAGUCAGACCAGCCCUGACCCGUUUGUGACCGUGGCGGCUGCAGGGGCUAUACAGAUUCCAGCAAACCUAUUAUCAAUAUGCCUGAUCAAGUAUUUCGGCAGAAGAAUCCCCAUAGCAACAGCAUUUACUUUAGGAGGUCUGUGUAUGCUGCUGUUAGGCGUGGUUCCCCACACCUAUACUACGACCCUCACACUUGGCACGUUGGGAGUAAGCUGCAUCGCUAUGGUUGCCACUUCCAUAUACGUUUUUACAUCGGAACUGUUCCCAACUGUAGUCAGAAAUAUGUCGUUAGGUGCUUGUUCUACGUUUAUGAGGUUGGGUUCCAUGAUAGCGCCGUUCAUAUCGAACUCUGCUGUACCAUGGCUUCCGACUGUUAUAUUUGGCUUUACCCCUAUUGCUGCCAGUCUACUAUGCCUGUUCUUGCCUGAGACUAAAGGUAUCGCAUUAAUGGAUAGUAUAGAUAAGAAUGAUAAGAAAGACAAUGAUAAUUAAAUAAGUAUCAUAAUGAAGGUUUUGAGCAAAUAAAGCGAUAUGAACCAUAAAAGAUGUGGCUACAACCUCUUACAAAGAGAAUAUAACAAAAUUAUUGUGGUCACAUCAUUUUUACGAAUCGUAAUCCUGCGACAAUUGAAUUGCAUAUCUUUUAUUUAUCUUAACAUAUAAAGCAUCAUAAUAUAGCAUAGAAGAUAUGUGCAAUGUUAAAUCGGGAAUUUUUUAAGCUAUUGCAUAGCUUCUAUCGCGGGCAUUGAGCGUCGAGACCGAAUCCAGAAAUUCCGUAACGAAACUAACCUAACACUUACUUACUAGAUGUACAUAGAUAUUUCGCCACGGUCAUUAUAGUUGCCGUGGAACAGCGGUUAUCAUGUAUGCUUUUUGUGCAGAAGGUCCCAGGUUCGAGCCUGGGGUACGUCUUGAUUUUUUUUAAUUUCUUUAUUUUUUUUAUCACCUUUUUUUAAAUGUUGCAAUAAUGCAAUAGCUUUAUCGCGGCAGUCCCCGAGACACGUCUUUUUUUCUACAUUUAAUUCAAUGAAUAACACCACAAAAACAAAUAUGCACGUGUAUAGAUAACUUCAGUACGUAUUAUAUACCUACUUACCAUAAUCAAAGUACUUAUACGGCCCCAAAUAAGAAGAACAGCUUCCCUACUAGCGUUGAUCCACGCAGGCACCUAUCCUAAUAAUUGUGACAUGUACGACAAAGCUUUAAUCUUCUUGUUCAUAGCUUCGCUAACAUUAACGGCUUUUUACAAUAACCUAUGGUAGAUAAAUCUAUCCUUUUACGCUUACUUAUAUUUCAAUAACGUGUUGACAGAUUGCAUUGGACUAAAACUAAUAAUAUAAUUAUAUUGGACAUAACUAUGGAUAGAUAAGAUCUUGUCGUUACACAGUGAUAGCAAUAUAGGUAUCUGUAACAAGAGAUACGUUAUUGAAAACGGCUGUUAAUCUAUAAGACAUACGUAAACUUCUGUUAUAAUACCAUAUUAUUAAAAAGUCAAUAACCUAUUCAAUUUUUAUAGCUCAAAUACACAAACCUACUUGUGCAGCAGAAAAUAAUCAUUUUUAAAAAUAAAUUUAUUAUUGGAUUUAUCUAUACUAAAAUAAUUUGUAACGCAUAGAUUAAGAUUAAUUGGUCUCCGCUGUGCUCCAACUAGAUACCGCAGACGUAGUCGCACAGUGCGGCAAAUAAUACUACGCCCAAGUGCUCGAUAUACUCGAGCCAGUCUGUGACAAUGUGUGUGACGUUGAUGUUUCACAUGUUCUGUUAAACUUUGCUAAUAGUUGAAACUAAAAUGCUGGGUUGCGUAGUAAAACUUUGUAAAAAAAAUAAUAGUACAAGAAACACACAUAUCACCACUUAGUAUUUAGUAUUUUAUUAAUUUCAAUGUAAAAUAACACUAAACGUAUGUUACAAAAUUUGAAAGAUGCCAUUGUGUGUCAAGAUGCCACGUACACAAGCAUCUUAUAGUUGCCGUAAUUAAAAAGCUAUUGUUCUUAGGUAGUGUAUUAAUAUCUACUUGGAGCGCAGCGAAUACCAAUACUCAAUAUAAGUUGUAAGUUAUAUGAUGUUAUUAUUUGUCGAUAGGUUAUUGAAAUGUAAAUAAGCGUAAUAGGAUAGAUUUGUUUACCUCUAGUAAGUUAAACUCAGCAUAGAUAGAUAAUUGAAAACGGCCGAUAGACACUAUUUAUUUGACUGAAUAUGACACAGAAGAGUUAACCGGUUAUCUUAAAUUGACUUGGAAAUACCAUAUUUAUAUAGUAGCUAAGCAUUUGUACAAUAAUUAUUGUAAGGUAUAUUGUGAUAUUAAUUUUUAUUAAAAUUUAUGCAUAGAA